AUGGGUUUCAUGUGGUUUCUCCCUCCAACAGAUCUGAUGGCUCGUCACAACGGCACAGUGGUAACCGAGUUCAUCCUCCUGGGCUUCACUUCCCGCCGUGACCUUCAGCUCCUUCUCUUUGGCUUCUUCUUGCCCAUCUAUCUCAUUGGCCUGGUAGGAAACCUGGCUUUGGCCAUUCUCAUCAGGGCUGAACAGCCCUUGUGCACUCCCAUGUACUAUUUCCUGAGCCAUCUGGCCCUGAUGGACCUCUGCUCCUGCUGCACCGUGGCCCCCAAGAUGCUCUUGGGCUUUUUGAAAGGGCACGACACUAUUCCCAUCCCAGCCUGUGCCCUCCAGAUGUUCUUCUUCGCAGCUGCUUCGGAUGCGGAGUGUUGUCUCUUGGCAGCCAUGGCCUAUGACCGUUAUGCCGCCAUCUGCCGCCCACUGCACUAUGGAAGUGCCAUGCCACAGCACCUUUGUCACCUCCUAGUGGCCACAUCCUAUGCGGCAGGGGCAGCCUCUGGAGCCAUCCACUCAAGCAUGGCAUUCCACCUGCCUUUCUGCAGUGCUCACACUUUGGACCACUUCUUUUGUGACAUCCCUCCAGUCCUGGCUUUGGCCUGUGCCAACACAGACCUAAACCAGCUCCUGCUGUUGGCGGUGUGUGGAGCUAUCCAGAGCAUCACUCUGACAGCUGUCAUAGCUUCCUAUGGAACGAUCCUAUGUACUGUGGGGCGAGCAGGAUCAAAGCGAGCUGUAUCCACCUGCGGCUCACACCUCACAGCUGUGGGGGUGCUUUAUGGCACCCUCAUUUUCAUGUACCUACGGCCAGAUGGCAUGUAUGCCCCCCAGACCGACAAGAUGGCUUCCGUCUUCUACACGGUGGUCAUCCCUACACUCAAUCCUGUUAUCUACAGCCUCCGUAAUUCUGAGGUCAAGGAGGCUGUGAGACGGAGACUACGUAAAUGGCGGCACCAAAGCUGUUGUUUCUGA